AUGUCAAAUUCUCAUGACAAUUAUUUUUCAAUAGCUCCUGAAAGUCUAUCAAAUUUAUUCGAACCUGAUGGAAUUCGAAAUGGAAAAAGUUUCGAACUUUUAUCACAGCUAAACGGAGUAUCUGGAAUCUGUGAACUCUUAAAAUCAAACGCUUCAAAAGGUAUAAGUGAAAACCCGUCUGAAUUAACUAAAAGAGCUCAGCAUUUUGGGGAUAAUCGUCCUCAUAUAUAUAAUAGAAAGCCCUUUUGGCGCUUUCUGCUCAUGCCACUAUCUGACACAGUCCUUCAAAUUUUAGUUAUAGCAUCAAUUGUAUCUUUGAUUGUAGGAACAAUUGAAGAUCCCAUCGAAGGAUGGUACGAAGGUCUCGCAAUUUUAGUUACUGUAUGCAUCGUAAUAUUCGUGACUGCCAUCAAUGACUACAAAAAAGAAUCCCAGUUCAUCAAGCUGAACCUGCAGACUGAUCUUUGUAAUAUAAUUGUUAUAAGGGAAGGAAUGGAAAAAGAAAUCACUUUAAAAGAGCUUUUAGUCGGUGAUUUAUUAUGUGUGACAACUGGUGAUAUAUUACAAGGUGACGGUAUCUAUAUAAGAGGGAGCGGAUUAAGUGUUGAUGAAAGCUCAAUUACAGGGGAAAGCAAAUUGGUCAAAAAAGAAGCCUUUCAAGACGGAGAUAUAGCUUAUGACUCAUUUUUGAUUUCUGGAGCAAAAAUUAUUGAAGGAAGCGGAUUGGUGCUUGUUUGUGCAGUAGGGCAGCACUCAGUGCUCGGGAGAAAUAGAAGAAUGAUGAACACUUUGGCAGAUGAGCCAGAAACUCCACUUCAAGAGAGAUUGACUGUUUUGGCUACGUUUUUAGGUAAAAUUGGAUUUUAUGCUGGCAUAAUUCUUUCCAUCGCAUUGCUUCUUCAUUUAUUUAUAGGUGCUUGGAUUGAUGAAAGAUGGGGCAAUCAAGAAUGAACAGAUCUUGUAGACGCAAUUAUUCUUGGGAUCACUAUUAUGGUGGUAGCCAUCCCCGAAGGUCUUCCUUUAGCUUUAACUUUAGCUAUGGCUUAUUCUAUCCUCCGCAUGAAAGAUGAACAAAUUUUCGUCAGGCACUUAAAAGGCUGCGAAAUCAUGGGAGCAGCCACCAAUAUUUUAUCAGACAAAACAGGGACUCUUACACAAAAUAUCAUGACUGUUACCAAAGCAAUGAUAUUUGGGGAAUCCUUAGACAAAAUUGACUGUUCAAAGUUUCCUUCUGACGACGUUAACUUGUUAGUAGAGUGCAUUUCUAGAAACUCGACUGCCUUUAUUAACAAUAAAAACCAAAAGCAUGAUUUGGUAGGAAACAGAACUGAAUGUGCCUUACUUAUGAUGCUGACACAAUGAGGGUUUGAUUACCAUGCUUUUAGAAACCCAGAACACCUUAUAGCGCAAUUUGCAUUUAACCCAAGAACUAAAAGAAUGACGACUGUAUAUGAUUCAGAGAAUGGAGAAGCAAUUGUAUAUUCAAAAGGAGCUGGAGAAGUUAUCCUGGAUUUUUGUGAUCAAGAGCUUCUGUGCAACGGACUUGCAGAGAAGCUGACAGAUGAAAGGAAAAAAAUUCUUUUGGAUAUUAUUAAAAAUUGGGCAGAUUUAGGAUUGAGAGUAAUUACGGUGGCGUAUAAGAAAACUUCUUUGGAAGAAAUAAUUACUGAAGGCCCUGAACGAAAAAUCAAUGAAGAAAAAGGUGAGCAAGGGCUAAUUUUAAUAGGAAUGCUAGGAAUUGAAGAUCCGCUGAGACCUGAGGCGAAACAAUCGGUAGAAAAAUGCAAAGUUGCUGGAGUUAUUGUCAGAAUGGUGACUGGAGAUAAUUCAGAGACUGCAAAACGUAUAACUUAUACUUAACUUAUUUAAGGUUGGCGGCUUGUCUGUUGGUAACGCAGUCGCCAAGGGUCUUUGCAAGGGAUUCACACGCUUUGCGACGUUGCCAGGGAGAAUUCGUUUGAGUUGAUAUGAUGGAUGGUCAAGCAUAGGUAGCAACCAGACACCCCAAUAAAGGAAACCCCACACCCCACCCCCCCCUUUCACAGAUGGCACCCCCAUCCCCCAUCAAAAAAUAAAGGGUUUAUCCUAUAAAAGUAAUUUAUAGGAAACAAGCAAAAUAAUUUAAAUAUAAUCCAAUUAAAAUACUAUAUUGAUAAAUUAAGUCCACAAAUUACUUUGUAUUUAUGAUUAAUUAAUAAAUUUAAAUUAAUUAGCAAUUAAUUAGAAAAUAUAUUAAAUUUGUUUUUUUUAUAUUUAUAAAUAUAAUGCCAAAGUUAUAGAUAAUGGCAUUAAUUAUUAAAUGAGCCAAGCAAAAUACAAUAACUUGCAUUAAAUUUAUUGAUUCAUAAAUUAAAGCAAAUCUCAUGCUCAUUGUACAAGGAUUGCAGGACUGAAUUGGUAACAGGAUUCAAUAGUGCUAAUAAAAAUAGUAUUUGCUAUUGUCAUUUUCACUUUUGAUCUAUAAUUGGGCUCUUUAGCCAUUGUUCCACAAAGUUCAUAAAUAUAUGCAGCAUAUACUGCUAAUUAAUCCCAAAAAUCAUUAUCAUGCUUUUUAACAAAAUUUCUUCAGAUGUGGUGUCUUAGUAAUUAUAGGAAAUUCUCACCCCAUUCCACCUACUCCUUAAUCGAUUGUGCUACGCUAUGUGAAUAUUGUAUAAAUCAGUAAUUUUGAAUAUUCAUAAUAAUAAUUUAUUUAUUACUUCUGCUGUAAAUUGGCAUUUUUCAUAUAUAUUUUAUGCUAUAUUAAGGGGGGUGGGGGGGGGGUACCAUUAAAAAGGGGGGGGUGGGGGGUGGGGGUGCCAUCUGUGAAAGGGGGGGUGGGGGUACCAUUAAAAAAGGGGGGUGGGGGUGUCUGGGUUGCGACCUGUGUUUGACCAUGAUGGAUUCACUUGACAAGUUAAUUCGAACACCAUCUUUUCUCUUCUUCAUCGCCUUAUGACAUUGCACCUAUGAAGUAGAGUUCUAUAUCUUUAUCUCAUUCUUGCCUUUUCGGCUCUAGUGUUGAGUAGGAAGGCUAUGGACUUUAGCAGCUGCUUGGGUUGAGCGAAAGAUUGCCUGCACAAAAGUUCCAAAAAUGGAAUAUUUCAGGUUGAUUUUCGGCAAAAAGAAAAAUUCAAAGCCUCGCUCUAGGAAGUUCCAUGGUCUAGGCAUUGUCUGUAGCUGAUUCUGGGCUUUGCCUUUCGAAUUUUUUCACUCAAGAAAUAUCAAAUCCUGAAAGCGGACAAAAGCUAGGCUUUUUACUUUACCAGAAUUGCUUACCUCGCAGUGUUGUCCAUAUCUGCACUAGCAACCUUUUCGGAUGUAAAUAAGUCUAUGCUCAAAGCUGCAUUGCCGGAGGCAAUACCUUAGUUGAGACGCCAUAUUUAUGCAAUAUGUAUAGCCAAAAACUGCGCAAUUUUACCACCUGGGAUUUUAGAUGAAGAAAUAGACGAUUAUAUAAUGGAAGGAGCUGUUUUCAGAGAAAAAGUAGGAGGACUUGUAACAGUGACUAAUGAGGAUGGAAAAUUGGAGGGGUUUAAGGUUGGAAAUCUUGAGGGUUUUAAAAAUAUUAUAAUCAGAUUAAGGGUUAUUGCAAGAUGCUCCCCUGAAGAUAAACUUUUACUUGUUAUUGGACUUAGAGCGCUUGGGGAAGUUGUUGGAGUCACAGGAGAUGGAUCAAAUGAUGCUCCAGCUUUAAAGCACAGUGAUAUAGGCCUUGCUAUGAUGUCAGGAACUCCGUUAGCUAAAGAAAGUGCUGAUAUCAUACUUCUUGAUGAUAACUUUGAAAGUGUCGUGAAUUCUGUGAAAUGGGGGAGAAACGUAUAUGCCUCUAUCAGGAAAUUUUUGACUUUUCAAAUGACAUGCAACGCAGUUGCAUUAGCCAUCAGUAUUAUUGGUGCUGGAACCACUUCUGACUCCCCUCUAAAUGCUAUUCAAAUGCUAUGGGUUAAUCUAAUUAUGGAUGCACUUGCUGCUUUAGCGUUAGCAACUGAACCUCCAACUGACCAGUUGUUUUUUACAAAACCUUUUGGAAGAAAGGAAAAAAUGAUAAUAAAAGACAUGGUAGUAUCGAUGAUCACACAAUCUGCUUACCAAAUUGGGAUUUUAUUAGUCAUGCUAUAUGAAGGACCAUGCAUCUUUGAUAUAAGCAAUUGCUUAGAAUUGCGGAGAAGGGCAUAAGGAUAGAGAGCUCUCUCUAUAGUUGGUCUUGCCAACCAAGGUUGGUCUAACCGACUGGAGGUUGAUAAAUUGAACGAUAAGAGGCUUAUUUGCCAACUAUCCAGUUGGUUUGACUAAUUUGAGUUGGCCAGAUCAACUGGAGAAAGGAACUCUCCAUCCUUACGCCCCUAUCGGGCAAUUCUAGGCAAUUACCUAUAUUGAAGAAGGAUGGGGGCAUGAUUCAUGAGAUGAGGAAAAUGGAAAGCAUUUUACCCUCAUUUUCCAUACAUUUGUGAUGAUGCAAAUUUUUAAUGAAAUUUGUUGCAGAAAAUUGUCAUUGUCUGAGAUAAACAUAUUUAAAGGGUUUUUCAAUAAUAGUAUAUUUAUUAGUAUCCUUGUAGUUACUACUGGGGUGCAGUUAUUAUUGGUUAACUUUGGAGGGAGCUUUGUCAGAUGUACAGCUUUAAGUCUAGAGCAUCAUUUGAUUUGUGUUGGAUUGGGAGCAGGUUGUAUUCUUGUGUCUUUGUUUGUUAGAUGCAUUUAUAAACUUUCUGGAAAAUCGAAAAAGAGCGUAGAAGAUGAAAAAUAUCCUUUGCUUAGGAGUAACUCUAGUAAUCAUUCUGAUUUAUAG